ACGGCACGGCACGGCACGGCUCGGCACGGCACGGCACGGCACGGCCCGGCUCCGCGCGGCCCGGCGGGAGGGCGGCUGCGAUCCUCCGCGGCCGGCGAUGGGAGAUGGAGGGAGCCGGCGGUGCGGCAGAAGCACUUGUGUGGGAUAAUGACAUAUCGGCUCAUGCCCAGAAUGUUGCCAAGGCCAAAUAUGAAUUUUUAUUUGGCUUGGAAGAAGAGAAGCCUUCAGGAAUGGGUAGUGGCCGUGGAAGCAGCAGUUUGCCUCCUCAUACCAUCAUCAAUGAAUUUCCAGAGUACGGCACUGCAGAGUCGAGCAGACAAACACCAUCGUCUCCACUGACGUGCCCGGCCGAGCCCGUGACACGCAGUCCGGAAAGACGGGACAGUCACCACCAUGCCAGGCCUGUUCCUCAGUGCGCAGCUCCUGCUGAUCAUCUGAGGCCUGAUGCAGGGGCAGUGCAGCUUCACACCCCAGAAGGAGGUUUGCAACCCACCAGUAAUCCGCCAGAGAGUAUGAAAAUCUCUCGACGGUUAGAAGCAGCAAAGGUGCAAGAAAGAGCAAAUACUUCUCUGGAUUCAGAGACUCAAAUGGAAAAAAAGAGUGUUACUGGCAGCCAAAAUGUGCAGGCAGCCAGAGAACCAGUUCCAGCAGGCCAAGAAAAGCUCUCAGACAUGCUUCUUCCAUCUGAACGAACAGCUGAGGAAAAAAAGCAUUUGAUCAUAGAGAAAGAUCUGGCUUCAGUACGGACUGGAGAAAAGCAGUCUGAAUCCUCACAAGGCAUAAGAAAUAAAGCAGAGGAGGUCCACACAGCUCAGGAACCAAGCUGUCACAAGCCAUCUGUGGCAAACCUGGAAGCAGUCAGCAGAGUGGAGAGGGGGACACGUUUUGAGGAGUUUUCAGAGUACAGUCAAGGCAAAAUGCAAACAGGUACUGAGAGAAGGCUUGCUAAAGAGGCAGCUGUGAGUAAACAUGUAGAAUUUCAAGGUGUGGAGAUCUUAUGGCUGCAAAAAGCUGAGGAGCAGCAAAGAAAGAAGCACUCACUGCUGGACUCUGUGUCUGUGGAGAGGAAGGCAUUCCCCAAAAUACCCAGCCACCCUGUGUCACCAAUGGUCUCCCCAGGCUUGCCUUCCUUGCCAGACAGUGCCUGGAGUGAGGUCUGUGAAGACCCAAGGCUGGAACCCGCUGCCUCUGGAGCCACUCCUCUACCACUGCUUGAAGAAAGCGGGAAGGAUGAAGUUUCUAUGAAGGACAGGAAGAACUGUGGUGAGGAGGAGAUGGCUGUGCUUUCAAGCAGCCGGGACAGGAUGGUUGAGGAGGGGGAAGCCGCCACAGGAGGAUACGAAGAUUUCCUUGGGCAGAGGCACUCUGACAUCUCCACUGAUCUGUACAGCUCGCAGUUUGAAAACAUCCUAGACAAUGCAUCUUUGUACUACAGUGCGGAAUCUCUGGACACAUUGUACUCGGAGCCUGAUAGCUACUUCAGCUUUGAGAUACCACUCACUCCCAUGAUCCAGCAGCGCAUGAAGGAGGGUGGACAGUUUUUAGAUAGGACAUCAGCCGUGGGGCAGACAGAUGUGCCUGACAGGGAGGUGAAGGGAUGUGGUGAAGGCAUUGCCAAUGGCUUAAGGGAUGCAAGCGAAACACUCUUCAAAGGAGAUGUCACAGAAGUCCCUCAUCUGGAAAGCAAUGUUGACCUGCAGAAUGUGGUGUUAGACUCCAGUGCAGCCAUGGGGAGCAAUGAACUUCAGGAGAAAGAUGCCACUGGAGCCCUUGGCCACGACCUCAGCAAUGGCAGCAGCAGCAGCAAUUUGGAAGCAGCCAGGCGCCUGGCUAAGCGCCUCUACCAUCUGGACAGGUUCAAACGCUCUGAUGUGGCAAAACAUUUGGGUAAAAACAAUGAAUUCAGCAAGCUUGUGGCCGAAGAAUAUCUUAAAUUUUUUGACUUCACAGGCAUGACCCUGGACUGUUCGCUCAGGAGUUUCUUUAAAGCCUUUUCACUUAUUGGAGAAACUCAGGAACGAGAGAGAGUCUUAAUCCACUUCUCCAGCAGAUACUACCAGUGCAACCCAAAUGCCAUUUCUUCUCAAGAUGGAGUUCACUGUCUGACGUGUGCCAUGAUGCUGCUGAACACAGACCUCCAUGGCCAUAACAUCGGGAAAAAGAUGACCUGCCAAGAGUUCGUUGCUAACCUCCAGGGGAUGAACGAUGGCAAAGACUUCCCGAGAGGGCUCUUGAAGGCCCUCUACAAUUCAAUCAAGAAUGAGAAGUUGGAAUGGGCAGUGGAUGAAGAAGAGAAAAAAAAAUCACAUUCGGAUGGUACAGAUGAAAAGGAUAAUGGCAACCAGACAAAGGCUGUCAGUCGAAUUGGCAAUUCAAAUAACCCAUUCCUGGACAUCCCUCAUGACCCCAGUGCUGCCGUGUAUAAAACUGGAUUUCUGGCUCGGAAAAUCCAUGCAGAUAUGGAUGGAAAGAAAACUCCCCGGGGAAAACGAGGCUGGAAAACCUUUUACGCUGUGCUGAAGGGGACAGUCCUGUACUUGCAGAAGGAUGAAUAUAAGCCAGAAAAGGCUUUGUCUGAGGAAGAUCUGAAGAAUGCUGUUAGUGUGCACCAUGCGCUGGCAUCCAAGGCAACAGACUAUGAGAAGAAACCCAAUGUCCUCAAGCUUAAAACAGCAGAUUGGAGAGUCCUGCUUUUCCAAGCCCAGAGCCAAGAAGAAAUGCAGACCUGGAUCAACAAGAUUAACUGUGUGGCUGCUGUCUUCUCUGCACCACCAUUUCCAGCAGCCAUUGGCUCUCAGAAGAAGUUCAGUCGCCCACUCCUGCCAGCCACCACAACAAAGCUAUCUCAGGAUGAACAGCUGAAGUCCCAUGAAGCUAAGCUGAAGCAGAUCUCCACUGAGCUUGCUGAACAUCGCUCCUAUCCUCCUGACAAGAAGCUCAAAGGCAAGGAAGUAGAUGAUUACAAACUGAAGGACCACUAUCUGGAGUUUGAGAAAAACCGCUAUGAGAUUUAUGUUGGCCUGCUGAAAGAAGGGGUGAAGGAGCUGCUGAGCGGAGGAGAGAACGACGCGCCAGGACUGAAGAAAUCCCACUCAAGUCCUUCUUUGAAUCAGGAGUCUCCAGUUAGUGCCAAGGUGAAACGCAAUGUCUCAGAGAGGAAGGACUACAGGCCAGAAACACCCAGCAUUAAGCAGAAGAUUACUUAGGGUGGAAAUGACAACUAGGGGAACAGCCAUGCAGCAAAGUAUUGGUGGUCAAAAUUUUUUCAUUUAAUAACCUGUCAUUCACAAAAAAUAAGUGCAUCUGCCUGAAUGGGGUGUUAGUGACAUUUUCUAUUGUAUAUUUUGCUGUUUCUGUGCAGAUUGUGGGAGAUGUCUUUGCUCCUGCUUUGCUUUGCUUUGUUAAUUUAUCAUUUAGCAAUUGAAGCAUCGGGACUUUUUUGUGUUAUUCUGUUCUAAAGGAGCUGGGGAAGGGAUAGAGUGCUGUGAUGUUUAUUCUGUCUCCUCCCCAUUUAUCUCCUCCCAUCGACAUGUGGCUUUCAUCUCUCAAGUCACUUGUCACUUUAUUUACGUGGUAGGUGGGAAAAAUAACUGGACAAGUGCUGCAGUGCUGUGAAUAUGAGCUGUAGCUGUGAGAAAAGCUGUGCAAACAUGCAGCUGCAGAAGGCUAACUAGAGGCUAGGGUGCUGGGAACACUAGUUUCCUGACAAUAUGGGGCAUGUUGGUACUGGUACUUAGCAGCAGGUGGUACAGUAAAUAGUCACUGUUGCUUCUUGUUACUGUAUUGACCCUGGACACUUCACGAGUGUAAAGGAAUGAAACCUGGAAACCUCUGGCAAUGCUGAGAUGAUGGCAUUGGAAUAAUUUGUUUGCUUCCUUCCAAGCAGAGAGCCUUCUCCUGAGUUUGCAGGCUGGAAGGCAUCCAAACCCAUGCUGUCUCUGCAGUCAGGAAGAUUAAGGAUUACCCAGUUGGAAUGGCUAUCUGGGCUUCACAUUUAUUUGCAGAGAAGGCUGCUGUAGAUGUCAGCCAUUAGCAUUAUAUAUUAAUUAUAUAUAUUAAAGACAAAGGGCCUCUGUGUAGUUUUUAACUAUACGCUCUCACUUAGCUGCUAUAUAGAGCCUUAUGAUAUAUUGUGUCCUGUUGCUUCCCCUUCAAGGGGUUUCCUUGUUGGUGUGCACAGAGAGCUGCUUUCAAUUCCUCUCAUAGUGACAAAGCACUUGGCCUUUUUUCUUCAGAAUGGGAUUUUCCUCAGUUCUCCAUUUUCCUUUUUUAGCUGAUACAUAGGUGGAAGAGGCUGGUGCCUCCUCACAGUUCCUGCAAACCCCUGUACCAGGCUUUCCAAGGGGAGCACAGGUCUGAGAGAGACCACCAUGGGUAGGUCUUUCCAUACCUGAAAGACCCCUGUUUGUGCCAUAGACCUUUGGGGUGGCCAGCAGUUUUCAGGCACAGACAGCAGAAAGAUGACAUAGAAAUAAUUUUCCUGCUUCCCAGCCCCUCUUGUCUGGGCAGUGUUAUGGCUCUGUCACCUAACCUGUUACUGAGUUUUAAUCUCAAUUUUUAUACUGGCCCACAGGGUGAGCUUGGACAGGUCUCUCCAAUUUGGUGUCAGCUUUUCCCUAUAUGAAGCAGUACUACCAAACUGGCCUUUACCACAGAGCGCCUUGGGAGAUAAAGUUGAGGGACAGUUGAAAAUUGCUCCUUGCUGUUCAUUCUGUUGUGCCUGGCACAGGACAGGCUUCUUGUUGAAUGCAAUUCUUGAUGCAUAGAGAAAUGUCAAGAUCCAUGCAAGGACUGUUUAGAAAUGCUCUGGUGCUUUCAGCCCAAGUAGUCAAAGGGCCACACAUCAAAAAAAUUGCUGUCUGAAUGGAUGUGUGUUCUGUCAGGCUUCCCAAGGGUCCAAGUCAAUUCAUCUAGUUUUAUUGAGCUGCCAGUCCAGUGAGCAGAAUAGUAGUGAUUAAAGAGAAAAGGCCCUUAACAGGCACUGCAUGACUUGCCUCCAGUACCAAGUACCACCAAAGCAACAGCUUUUCAGGUGUUGUGCUGACUGUUGCCUGUAACCAUGAUGUUGCACUCUCAAAUGUGAAGUUUUGGGGCAAAUUGAUCCUUGCAGCUGCAGCCUGGCUGGCAGCAAAGCCAGAUGAGACUGUUCUCACAAGUGAUGUGCAUCCGUUUGGCAUCUGCCACUGAGAGUGGCCGCUCUGUGCUAAAAGUCAGGAGGUUGGCUCCUAACCUUGGCAACGUUGCUAAAAGCUGCAGAGUCCUGAGUAGAAAUUGGCAGUGCUUCCCAAGUGCUGGGGUUUCAGAAGUUGUGCAUUCUGACUGAGGUGGAGUUAACAUUCAGUUCUCUCAUUGAGGAUGAGAGGUGUCUUCUGCUGCUGGAGCCAACGUUACGUGGUGCAGCUUAUUGUGUGGGGAGACUCAGCUGAGAUGCAUGGUAGUGCUCACUGGGAGGGAUUGUUUGGGGUAAUUGAGAGUGGUGGAUCAACAGCUCAUGGAGGGGAAACAAAUACAGAUCGCUGCAGCUGCUUGUCAUGCUUUGGAGGUUGAAAAGGAACAAGCAGAACAGAGAGAAGAAAUUCAUUUGGGGAAUGCUGAAUGCACCUUUGGGAAGAAAACUUGACCUCUGUUAUGAUUAAGGAGUGGUAUUUAGUGUUCCCACUGAGACUCUCAAACAGCAUGGCCCUUGCUCACUCCCUGCUUCCCCUCCCCAUCCUGGAGAGGAGAAUUAGAGGCAUAAAAGGCAAAGAUCACAAAGAUUGAGGUAACAACAAUUUACUGGAAAAGGCAAUGAGAUAAGAAAAUGAAUGGUAAACAACAACAGUAUUAAAAACAGAGUGUUCAAGAAUGCUCACCACGCAGAACCCAACAGUACCUAACCACUUGCUUCCCAAUACCCCGACGUAGAAGGGGUAUCUUCUCUGGUUCCUGGAAAAUGACAUGAGGUGGUAUAGAAUAAACAUCAAGUCCAAGCCAUGCUCCUGCUGGGCUACUGCAUAAAUUAACACCAUCCUGGCCAGAACCAGUGCAUCAUUACUUGAAUUAUUUUAAAUACCAAUAGGAAUACAUGCAGCAGAAACAAACCCCAAAAACGGUGCAGAUAUAUAAAUGGCCCUGCUUCGCUGUCAGGGUUGGUUUGAGUAGAUGAUCUUUUUAAAAGCAGGCUAGAACAUGCUUGGCAAACCUCUUGUGUUUAUGGAGUGCAAUGCUUCAAAAGGCAAAGAGGUGACAUUUAACUUUCUUCUUCUCUGGCUUUAAACGUAUUUUCAUUGCUGAAAAUUCCAGCUAAAUUGCUGAGCUCAAAAAGAAAUUACUCCUGUUAAAUGCAUUUUCCAGCUUUGACACAGAAACUGGGUAAUUCCUCUUCAAAGUCAUUGCAGAAAAGAUGAUUUGAAGCAAUAGGAAAAAUCAAAAAGUGAACUGCAAAAAUGUUGUUUUUUUCAUUAUUUAUUAUCUAUUUCCUUGUAUACUUGUAAACGGAUAGGAUUUUUUUUUUUUGGGGUCUCAUCUGAGUGUAUCACAUGCAGUUUUUCACUGCAUUUUUUGGUCUUUAAACAUUAGUUGAGCUUAGAGCAGUCUUGCUGAGACUGCUGAGGCAUGCAAGUCAGUUUACCCAGAAUUUAUAGUUUCUGCUUCAGUUUUAAUUAAUGCCAUUUUCCUUUGUUGCUUUACAAUUUAUAAGCAUCCCAGGCUCCUGUGUAGAAAUGCACGCUUUGGAGAACAAGAAAAAAAUGUGAUCCUGUUGCAAAAGUCUAAGACUCCUGCCCUCCCUUGCAAAUAGGUUCAUCUACCAGUCAGUACUGUAAUUAAUUUUUUUUCCCUCCUGAUGACACUAUAAAGGAUAGGGCAGGUUCUCAGGUGGUUGGAAUGGUGCAUCUCCUUGAGUAGCACCAUGAGGAGUCUGACCAGGUAGCUUAGCGUGGUACCCUGCACCCUGCCUUUCUUUGCUGAAAUAUUUGCCUUUAGGGGAGAUCAGUGCUUGACUGCAGCGACUCAGGAGCUCUGGUUGCAGCAUGUAAGGAUAUUCUGCUGGUUUCCAGCCCGCCUCUGGGACUUUAGCUGCAAAUCACUGGAGCAGCCUGCAGUUUCCUGGGUGUGCUCCGUGUAAGGAGUUACUGGCUGGCCGCCAUGAGCAUGUGUGCAUGUGGGAGAGCCUUUGCAUUGGUGAUGCAGCGAGGUGUCAUCCUUCCUUGUCACCCUCCCUGCUCUAGUGAGCUGUCAUUGCUCAGGCGAAGCCUCUGCCUGCAUGUAGAGAGUGGGAAUCCAAAGAGGGGAGCAGGCUAAGGCUGACACCUCCUUACUUCCCCUUUCCCAAGGUGCAGACAGUGGUUCUGGAAGGACCCACCUGGCUCUGAAGUGUUGCUGGCUCCUGGGGCUGAACUGCUAUCCCCAACUAAAGAAGGAGAGACAGGAAAGGGCCCCACUAGUCUGCACCUGACAGCAGAGGGCUGAUGGAGAAGGGGAAAACUGCCUUCCCCCUCCCCACCCAGCAACCAAAGCAGGUUAAAUACUCUCUUGAAGCCAAAACCAUACUCUCCUCUAUGAUUCAGCACGAUGCAGGGGACUGUUUCAGAUGGAUUUUGUUCAUCAGUGGCUGCGAAAGAGACUCCCUGGGCUAGCUGUGUGUUUGUCUACAUCUUGCAGAUAAAUUAGGCAUGAACCAGUGAACAUGAUUACAGCUUCUAAAUCCAGUAUUUAUGUUGUGUCUUUAGUUGAUGUAGAGAGAUAAGUCAUCCAGCAGAGUGAUUAAUGCAUCGGAGUUUUGCGGGAGUGCUUUUCAGCUGUGUUGCCGACUCAGUUUUUCAUCUGUAGCCAGUCACUUGUAAAUGGUUACCAGAAACUUUCAAAUAAUUAGUAACAGCUCCUCACUGAAAUACUUUCCCUCUGAUCCUGCCUGCUCCCAGGUUGCAGUCUGUGCUCUGCACUGCCCUGCUUUGAGGGGGACUUUGGCCUAACAGACCUCCAGGGACUGGAAUUGUUCAGUGACGUUUCACAGCUCCAGUGCCUUCAGAUAACAAGGCUGGUUGCUCCUCUGGCUUGAAAAAGAACUUUUGCCUUUCUCCAAUGGGGAAGGCUUGGCUAGAGUAGGCCAUUCAGUGAAGAUGGGGUUAUGGCAGUGGAAGAAGUCAGAGAUGACAGGUUUAUCAUCAGGCUACUCGGAGGCAUUUUAUGGCAAUGUUCUUCUUGAAAAUGGGAAAGGCUUUUCUCUGCAGAUGGCUUACUGCUUACUGUGUCUGCAUUCUCCAUUUUUAAAUGAAUUUUGGUCUUAUUGCAGUUAGUCUGACAGCUCCUCCUCCUUUUCUGACAAGCUGCUCUUGUCUGUCAUCUUAGCACCUCAGCUGCUUCUGUAUAACAGGUCUGUUUCCUUCCAUGCUUGCAGAAAUCCAGAAAAUUUGACUCUCCCAUCUUGCAUUGAGAAAACCUUCUCUGAAGCAGUGCUGCAUUGAAUGGAUAACCUUGUGAACAGCUUUUUCACUCUGUUUGCUGGUAGCCUGUGUUUCCAGCCACAGUUAUAGCUGGGAGGUGUGAGACCGAAUUUUAGACUGCUGUGAUCCUCUAGUUGUAUGCUGCAGAGAUGCAAAGUCCCCCUUCCCACACUUAGACCAGAUACUUGCAACAUUCCUGCUCUUCUAGUACCCAGGUUGUUGGAAACACUGGCUGCUUCUGCAAGUUCAAAGGCAGUAUACACAUCUGAUGCCAAGCAAUCUUACAAUCUCAAACAAUCUGCUGCUUGUUCAAAUUUUCUCCAGUAUUGCUCUCCCCAGGUUCUGGGACAUCAUAUCUGCUCUGAGGGGCCAGUUAAGAAGUUCACAUUUCUUGUCAGAGCACUAUCAUUGCUCACCAGCAUGUGUUCUCAGCAUCUGGUAUCUAGGCUUCCUAGAGGGAUGAACCAUAGAAGCUGUCUCAGAAGAAGCUAGUGUGCAGCUUGUGCUUUUUAAAGGAUAUUUUUAGUGCAUACAGAAGCAGUAUGUCUAGCCUCUCCUCUCUCCCAUAGAGAGCAUAGGUGUAAAAUAGUGGGUUGCUUCACCUGGAGCUUCACUGUGGAGACCUGAGCUCCAGGAAGAAGAGGCUUUGUCAGCCUUCAGAGAAAUGCCACCACCUGAGCUGAGCAUCAAUGCACAGGACAAUGAUGCUAUGUGAAAAAGCCAAUGCCAGCUGAGCAUCAAUGCACAGGACAAUGAUGCUGUGUGAAAAAGCCAAUGCCAGCCUCCGUGGCUGGUCACCUGCUGGAGACUGUGAGCUCUAGCAUAGCCCUUGGUGUUGGAGGUAAUGAGAAAUGCUGGUUUCCUUUUCCCUCUAAUCUGUGCUGCUUGAGGAGCUGUCUUUAGCGCUCGCUGCUUUUCUCCCUUGUGACAGCAGCACCCUUAUCCAGGGUUACCAUAGUCCCUUUGUGAGAAGACUGGUUUAAAUGAGAGCAGAGAGGAGAGGUCCUUGGAAAAAGUCUGGAUGCCAUCUGGGAGUAUCUGCUCUGCUGAUGGCAACAUAUAGUUGAACACUGAAAGGAAGCAGGCACAGCCUUGCCUGAGAGAAUGGCCCUUGCUCAAAUAUUUUAUUAGCUGAAUUAAGGUUGUGUUUUAAUUAUUUAUUAGAGCCCAUCCUUUACCAAAUGCAAGCAAGAACUUUCACAGAGGUUGGACCAUUGACCUGACCUUGCCCUUGUGGUCAGAAGGAGCAAAUUUAGGCUAGUCCAAGGCAUUCUCUCUUGCCUGCCUUUGAACACUUAAUUAUUCCAUAAAAAUUACAGAUGUUUAAUCCGUGAGGGACCUCCCAUGAUAUCUGCUUUUAAAGUGAGCCAGGAACCAGCUGGGGUACAGGCCAGAGGUUUAUUUGGACCAAUAAAGGUACAUCACUUAGCAAUGCAAGCAUUGAGAGUGCAGCAAACCACAAGGGCAGGAUUUUUCUUUGACAUAAACGACUGUAAUUAGUAGCCACUCUAGCAGUGAUCCUGUCUGUAACUCACCUAAAUGAGACUAGCACAAGAAGAUAAUUUUUGUCUAAACAGGCAAAGUUUCAUCUUGGGCCAGUUGAGUAUCAUGGUGUAGUGACAGAGCAACUAGCUAAGCUGCCAUGAAGACUUGUUUGACACAAAAUCCUCCAACUCCUCUUAGCCUCUUGCUGGGAAGAGGGAGAUAAAUGCUAUCGAGUCUAUGUCACCACACAGGGCAAAUUCUGCUGGUAAUAUAAGUCUUAACUCACACACUUAUGAAAAUCUCAUACUCAGAGCUGUCAGAUUCUGAAAGACUGUAGGAUGAGAACAAGGGUGGGUUGUCGUUGGGGUUUUUUUUAAAUUUGUACAUAUUCAUAACAACUGUGUCCUCUUACUUGAGUCUAGAAUUAUAAUUUGGCUAAAAGGACAGAGUUUUUUGGCUGUUGAAAAACUUUGAAAUGACUCCUCUGUGUGAGGUACACACUGAGACUUACAUUACUUGGUGAACAUGUUUAAGUGAUGCCUAUAGAUGUGUGUAUUUCCUAAGUAUAGUAUGGCUUCUAUGGCUCAGCACUGCAGAACCUGCUGUUCUUUUCUGAGGCUUGCUUGGUCAAAGCACUUCAGCAGCUGCAAACAUUGUUAGGAUGCUUGUUCUAAUUGUUCUCAAUGAGGUUAAACAGCUAACAGAGCUUUUGCAGAUUUAAGGUAUACUUUGAGCUGCCUUGAUCUUCAUGUGUUGUCCACCAGGGGCUGCCUGUUUUGCAUGUUGAAAGCAAGGCAUGUAUUUGAGAGUCUAAGCAAGAGCUCGUGGGUGGAAUUUUCUGCUAGCUUAACACUGGGCUGACUUUCUCCCUGUCUGUGUCAACUGAUGCCUGUACAAGGAGCAUCCAUGCUGACUUCUUCUGAAAAUCAUGCUCUGGGGAUCUGAUACACAGCUUUACUUCUGAAAAUGUUGACCUUGGUCUGUGAAAAUUCAGCAAAGAGACAUGACGUCCAAAGUGUCCAAGAAGGACAGGUGCCUGUGGUGUCUCCUACAGAUACAUCAGUACAGCAGUAGUGAGGGUUUUUUUUCCUACAACUGUUCAAAUUUCCAGAGGAGUGGCUCAUCAGUAGGGAAGAGAAGAGCAGCCGGGCUGAAAUAUCUGUCUUGGGCAUCUCUUAUGCCUUCCAGAGGUUUCUUCUGAGAACAUUGAACAACCUUUUAAGAAGUUGCUGGUCUGAGGAAAAAUGAUGUAGGGAAACCUGGUGAGUUUUCCUAUUGCAUUCUAGUAAGGACAAUAAGAGCAUGAUCUGCAUUAUUCUUAGAAAGAGAGAGCAAAAGUUGAGGGUGUGAUUCGUACCUGGAGUCGUAAAACUCUUUAUCAUGCAGUUAGGUUGAAGCACUUGAGCAACUUCAGUAGUGAAACUAUGCCUUUGCACUUCUGUGGAUCACAGCCAGAGUGAUUGCGCCUUGCAGAACUGAGAUGGGAGUGAACUGCAGCUCAGAAUUAAAUUAAGGAGACCACCCUGUCACUUUGCUCUGGGCAACCUGUAGUCCUGUAAUCUUUUUUUAGGUAUUGGCUUCUCCCUUGGGUUUCCUGCCCUCCAUGGUGAUGGGAAGAUGUGGGUGAGCACUGUCAGUUUCAGAGUCGUGGUUAAGUGUCAUAUACCCUCCAUCUGAGCUGUUGCUUUAUUGUUUUCCCUUAGGCUGAGAAAGAGGACUGAAUUUUUAGUCAAUGUUGCUUGGUAGCCAGUGGGAAGCGUAACUCUCAGCAGUGGUGAUGCAGAAAAACAUUUUGCACAUGCGUGUACAUACACCUUAUACAUCUCUUGUGUGCAGAACUAACCUUACAGGACCUGACAAUGGUCCUUGCAAGACCUUUCCUCUGGGUGGUCUCCGGUCUCUUCUGUGAUGUGUAGGAACUUUCUUUCUGGUAAUCUUGCAUUCAGUUUACUCUCAUCACUGAAUUGCUGGAGUGUUUUUCAUGUAAUACACUAGAGACAGUCCCAGUCUCACCGCUUUGUGGUAACUUCUUGGUCUGCUGUGAAGCAACAACAUUGAGGUAGCCAUUAAAUCUUUUCCAGCAGCAUGGAACUUGCUGUUCUGACUCUUGGGGAGGUCGUAAUCUCAGGUUUGACACCAUCCUACCAUCAGGACAACGUGUUUUGUCCCUGGGAAUAGGCAUGGCCAGAAAAGCAUACUAGGUGGAUGGAGUCAGAGCUGUGCAGACUUAAGUCAAGCCCUGGUUCAGGGAAGAUUUUUCCAUGUGCUGCUGAUGUCCAUAAGGACUCAAACAUAUACUUGCUUACACAGAGAUGCUUUCCUGAAGCAGAGUUGUCACUCUUUUCUACAGGUAUCACAGGAUGCCCUCCCUUAUUCUGCUUCAUGUAUCUGGUACUAGAAUGAUAAUUUCCUGAUAAAUGAAGGCACUUAAUCAGUCCUCUUCCCCUUGGAAGAAGGACUUUUGGGGAUAUUGUUAUAUCAUUUAAAAUAAUAUUUUGGAAUUUAAGUUUACAUUGCUUUAUUUUUCACUUGAGGUGACUGUAUAUAAAUAUUUUCUUCUAUUUUAUCAUUGCUGAUAAAGUAAGCCUACAGUAUACAGACAAAUAAUUUGCCUUUGAUGUAUUGAAACUGUGAGAUAUAAAGUAGACUUCUCUCUUGUGUCCAUGUUCCUGACUAUAACUCUGUUCCUCUGUGUUUUUAUAAGUUGGAAUAAAUGUUGCUUACGGGCAACAAAGAGCCUGCAAGCUUCCCAAUAAUUUUUGUCAUUGAACUCAAGCAACCCUGUUGAAGGAUCUCACAUAUGUAUAAUGAUAUAUGUAUAUGUACAAACUUUAGAAAGAAAUAAACCAAAUGUAUUUCA